GCUCAGGUGUGGAUCAAGACGGCGAAGACACGCUUAGCUUUUUAAAUUUCAGUUUAGUUUUUAGUGUUCGUCUUCAACUAAAUGUUUUUUUUUGUGCUCGUGUGUACACUGGCGCUUUUUGCCUUCGCAGAAUGUUCAGUCGAAGAGAUAUGGUGUUUUCCUCAGAACAUGACUGUAAAAGUUGGCAGCAAUGUAACACUUAAUUGUACAGUCUAUCCUCAACGUGAUGUAUGUAACGAUACUGUGGAGUGGAAAUUGGAGUGGUUCGAAAAUUUUGAUGUGUAUGCACGGAGGAAUGGCAUGGAUGAUUUAAGUGGACAAAAUCCAAUUUUCAAAAAUCGGACCAAACUUUUCCCUAACGAGCUGAGCAACGGGAAUGUUUCACUCCAGAUCUCCAAUGUGACCAAAGAACAUAAUGGAACUUACACUGUCACUGUCCAAGAAAAACAGUUAGAAAAGAACGUCACACUUCGUGUCAUACUUAGUGUCAUAUUUGAGGAAUCUUCCAAUAAUAACACAAUUACAGAAGAGAGUCCUAAAAAUUGUACAAAGGAAAAGAUUAUUAUUGGUGUUUCUGUUGGAAUCUUCGUCAUCUUCGUCAUAAUCGUCGUGGUGGUUUUCGUUAUUUUAUACAAAUGUGGUUGCAUAAAAAACAACUCUGGCACAGCAGGAAGCAAGAAAAAAAACGAAGAUGACCGAAAUGAUGGAACAGAACUUCAGAUCUUCACAGAAGCAUCCCAAUCAUCUCCUGUUGGUGGAUCCCAGGACACCCAGGAACCUCAGGAAGACAAUCCAAUGCUGCAGAACAACAUGAACUAA